AGCCCAGGGCUCCCGGGUGCUGGUGCACUGCAAGAUGGGGGUGAGCCGCUCGGCAGCCACCGUCAUGGCCUACGCCAUGAAGCAGUACAACUGGGGCCUGGAGCAGGCCCUGCGGCACGUGCAGGAGCUUCGGCCCAUUGCCCGGCCCAACCCCGGCUUCCUCCGGCAGCUGCACACCUACCAAGGCAUCCUCACGGCCAGCCGCCAGAGCCACGUGUGGGAGCAGAAGGCCGGCGGGAGGACCUCCCCGGACGAGCCCCAAGAAGCUUCCUGGUCCCCCCCACCAGCCUCCCCGGAGUCAGGGGACAGCGAGGACCUGAAGGCUGCCGGCGGGGAGGAGCAGCAGGGCGGGGGGAGAGAGGGGCCCAGCCUCGGGGGGCAGAGGCCCCGGCCCCGCAUGGACCUCCGCGGCAUCAUGAGGUCUAUCAGCCUCCUGGAGCCCCCAGACCUGGGGAGUCACCCCGAAACCAGCGAUCUGCCAGAGGUGUUUUCCUCUUCUCCCUGCGAGAGCUCGGACGAGGCUCUCUCGCAGGCUUCGGUGGACCGGAGGGAACCUCGGCCUGCCCUGUUCUCCCGAAAGUCUGUGGCUGCCUUACACAGUGCGGCCCUGGUGGCCAGCCGGAGCCAGGCCUUCCAGGCCCGGGGCCAGGCCGAGCCUGUGGAGGCCCCUAAGCCUCGGGCUCGGAGGGUCACGAGACAGACCAGCGUGGAGAGCAGCGGGGAGGAGGGAGGGCCCUGAGGCCUCUCCUCAGCACGAGGACCGAAGAGGGGCCUCACGCCUGCCUGCCGCCCGCCUCUCACCUCCUUGGCCCCUUCCCUUCGGCCCUCUCCCCUCACUGGUGCCACGCUGACCACUCCCCAGGGCCUGGGCCUCCCGCUCCUCCCUGCUGUUUAUCUAGAGGAAGGGAGGCCAGGAGGGAGGAGGCUGGAGAGCUCUUCUCUGCCCUUCAGCUCUCAAAGUCCGAACUUGGGCCCCAAGACCAGCCCCCCAAGUCUCUGUGACCUAUGGCUUGUCCUCUUUCCCAAGGGGAACAAGGCUCCCCCUCUUCUCCCAGUGGUGGCUCCCUAGGAUUUAGUCAGGGCCGUCGGUCAGAACCUCAGAGGGCCAGGGACGGAGCGCACCUCAAGAAUGGUGGCUGCCGUGGCCAGAUGGGGCUUUGGGGCCCCCCCGGACGCCUGGGCCCAGCUGUUGCUGUCUGCCUCACGCCCGCCCUUCCCAAUGGACUCGAGGCUCUUGCUGUGGCCUAGGACUGUGGAGGACUGUGGACUCUCCAUCCUUGGAGGGCCUGGCAGCUCGGGGUCAGAAGGGCUCGCCAGCCUCCCUGGCACUUCUGGGCCGCUCUGUGAGUUGGGUCGCCAGACCCCAGCGGGCAGAGGGAGGCCAGCGCUCCUUUAAGACCCCCCCCCAUUAGCUAGCCAGCGUUUUCUAUGGCCUUUUAAUUAGGUGGCUUUUAAUUUAGAAAUAAAAACCCACAGAGUUUCUUAUUAAAUUAU